AUGGUUGGUGUUACUCACUUUACUGCUGCCGGAAUUGCCAUCCUGAGCACGCUGGGCAAUGUUGUUGCCUCUUCCGGUCCGUCUGGGGAUGAUGCCUCCAUGGAAGCCAGGGACGUCAUGGAUGAUUCCACGACCAUCCCCGAGACCAGGGACCUUGAUGAUAUCGAAGCUCGUGCCGUCUUGAAUGGCGACGACUCGGAUCUGGCUGCCCUAGACAAGCGUCUCUUCCCUCUUAUUGGACUGGCUGCCAAAGCUGGCAUCAAGGCCGGUGUCAAGGCCGGGGCGAAGAAAGCCGCCAAGAAAGGAGCCAAGAAGGGUGCUAAGAAGGGUGCCAAGGAGGGCGCCUCGCACAAGGCCAAAGAGAAGCACCAAAAGCAUAAGGCCAAGAAGAACAGCAAGCCCAAGAAGAAGGGCCGCCGAUCUCUGGAUGAUGAAUACUCUGUCCUUGAUUCCAGGGAUAUCCUGGAUGACUUUUCCGAACUCAACUUUGAUGCUCGCGACUUCGAUGAGGAUUCUUUCCUGGAGACCCGCAGACUCCCUGGUAUUAAAGUUGGUGGUAUGUUCUUGAACCGCAACAAGAACCCCUUCCCCAGACCAAUGGGGCCUGGCGGCGGUCGCAGAUUGAAGACCGGCAAAGGACCCAAGGCCAAGGCGGCUGGCAGGAGGAGGCCUCGAUCCUUUGAUGAGGCUAUGGAGCUUUACGAAGAGUAA